UUUGGCUGCCCGGGCCUAAAUGGCCCAUUAUCGCCUUCGCUGCGCUGCAACUGAGGAGGUGCCGGCGGGGACAGAGGGUGCGCCCCCGGGUGCGCCUCCGCUGCGUGACUCAUACGGGAGAACAAUGGGUUGAUAACGGCAAGCGCUCCUCUCUCCUUUUAGCCUUAUCAGUAAACCUGUCCGUAUUUCAGGUUUCAGCAGAAAAAAGCAUGGGAAACACCCAUACAUUUCACGCCCUCCAGCCCUCAGGCCGGGCCCGGCUCCUCGCCCCUCGCUAUCGGCCGCUCGGAGCAACCAAUCGGAGGAGGGCGUUGCGAGCCGCCCCGCCACUAUAACAGGGCCCGUGGGGGGCUGUUGUGACAGUUGCCGUGCUGUGUGGCGGGCGGAGCGUUGGUCCUCCGGCCAUGUCCCGCAGCGCUCUGGCCGGGCCCGCCGUCGCGCCCUUCUGGGAGAUGCUGUCGUUGCUGGCCCGGGAGCCGGGGAUGGAGUGGCUGGAGCUGGGCCUCGCUGGGCAAGCAGCCACCUUCCCGCGUGGCAGCCGAGGAGCAGCGUGUCGGACCCAGGCGGUGGCGCAUCCCGGCGCCUCCCGGCGGUGCGGGGAGCGCGGCGCGGGGGUGCCUGGACAGGAGUUUAGUUGUCCUCGGAAACAUUCUUUGGGACCUUGGCCUCUGAAGACUUUGUCGUUGUUGGAGUGCUCGGGGGAUAGUAGGCUUUGGCAAGCCUACCUCGAAGGACUGAAGAAAUUCCUUGUCUUUAGGAAAAGCAUGGGGAUGCCUGCAGCCUGGCCAAUUCCAGAGGAGCAAGUUAGAGGGUUCUUGGCCAUGGAAUCUCUUAAUUCAUCCUCAAAGACACUGGUGUAUGUGUCAGCACUUUCUUAUUUAUCAAAAUUGACUGGUAACCCCGAUCCUCUGGUAGAUCCUAUAACCCAUUGCAUGAUGAUAGGAUUGAAACGUCGAGCAGGCAUCCUGCGGGAUAAAUACUUGCCUAUAACAAUUGAGGUCUUGCGAUCUCUCUUAGGAGCUCUGGAGUCUGUAUGCGUAACUCAUUAUGAAUGCUUACUGUUCCGUGCAUUAUUUACUGUAGCUUUUUUUGGGGCACUUCGAAUAGGAGAGAUGGUGGCAAAGCACCAUGAUGUACAGCAGCCUGAGCUGCUGUACCUGAGUGACCUCCAGCUGACGGAGAGGAGAGUGGCGAUUUGUCUGCAUAACUCUUCUGUGGGUCAGGAGAGACAUGUCAUCAGCCUUGGGCUGUCUGGAGAGCCGUGGGUGUGCCCUGUUCUGGCGCUCCGGAGCUAUGUGACAGUUCGUUCGCCGCUGGAAGGGCCACUCUUCAUGCACUCAGAUGAUAGGACCGUAACAAAGAGGGAGUUCCUGACUGUUCUCCGAUGGGCCCUGCGGCUGCUGGGGCUGUGCCCGGAGCAGUAUGGCGUGCAUUCCUUCCGUCUGGGGACUGCCAUCACUGCUGCACGCUGCGGUUAUGCUGGGGAAGACAUCACUCGCCUGGCAAGAUGGCCCUGUGUGAUCCCAGAGAGAUCAUAGCCAUGGAGACCAACAGGGAAAGAAGAAGCUAAUGAAUUACCUUCUUUCUGUAGAGUUGGCUUUUAACUGUAUAGUUUCUAGUCUUUGGCAG